ACAGCUACAACUGCCUAUCGUCUGCUUUUCAGCUUUAAUCCCCACACUCUUUUAUACCCACGCUCAUUACCUAGUACUACCUAAACGGUCUACUUAUCAUUUCUCAAAAUGAAGUCCACUCUUUUCGCUGUUGUCGCCGUCUUGGCCGCUUCCGUCUCCGCCUUGCCUUACAAGCAGGACAAGGACUGCAAGAGCCCUUUCCCCAAUGUCUCUUGCAAGCCCCUCACGCUCCAGAACUACACUAUCGUCGCUGGUGACACCCUGACGACCAUUGCCGACAAGUUCGGUUCCGGUGCUUGCAACAUCGCCGCAGUCAACAACAUCUCCAACCCCAAUCUCAUCUUCCCCGGCGAGGUCGUCACUGUCCCAGCCAACUGCACUGGAGCCAUCGACACGAACAGCUGCGUUCCCAACACUAUCCAGGCAACUGGCACCCAGGACUGCGUCAAGGGUCUGUCCGUCAACCCUCCCACCUACCAGGUCCUCCCCGAUGACACCUUCACUCUCAUCGCAAACAACUUUGACCUCAAGCUCACCGCCCUCGAGAACGCCAACCAGGGCAGGUUCGCCAACUUCAACGCCAUCUUCGCCGGCAACCAGACCAUCAUUCCCAUCUGCCAAGGCUGCUCUUGCACCAACAGCAAGUACACCGUUGCCUCUGGUGACACCUUCAGCGCCAUUGCCCAGAAGAACGGCAUCACCACCGGCCAAAUUGAGGCUGCCAACCCCGGCCAAAUUCCUCAGCAGCUCCAGGUCGGCCAGGUCAUCAACUUGCCCGUCUGCUCGUGCAAUGCUUAAGUUCCACACAAAAAACAUGAUUAGUCUCUUGUUUUUGAGCUUGUGGGAUUGAGGUGACUGUAAAUGUGUGUCUGGUCUGUGGUAGGUGAAAAAGGCGUUAGCAUAUACUCGCGACUGUAGUUGUUUCACUGUUCAGCACACGAACCAAAAGGCAAGCUUUUGAAGAUCCAGUCAAUCCAUCUUCUCAAGAUUCGGUCAAAAUUUAGAAAUAAUAUCUUAGAAAAUCCAGUAUAUGGAACUAAUUACUGUAUUCUUCU